GAAAAUGCGAACAUAGUAGGAGGAUUCGUUGUAUUGGCGUUCUAUUGUCGUGCGCUACACAAAAAUCCGAUAGUGCUGUGAUAAGAGCAACGAAGAAGCAACGGAUUCGGUAACACCAUCGAGCAGAGCAGAGUAGUUCUGUCCAACCAGCAGCAACAGAGAUCGUCGAUGAUGAUGACAACGGCAAUGACGGGGAAGAUGACGGCGGUGAUACAGAAACGGCGGACAGCCAACGACUUUAUGCUAAUAGCAUCAAUUGUGAUAAUAUCAGUUUUACCAUACGGCAGAAGUCAAGAUUUUGGAUACGAUGGAGAGAAAGGUCCCUCUCAUUGGGGUGAACAGUACAACAGCUGCACCGGAAAGCAUCAGAGUCCCAUCAAUAUCAACUCGCUGUAUGUGAAGAAAGUUAGUUUGCCGCAACUGGUCUUCGAUGGGUUCGACAUCGUACCGAAGCAGGUUAACAUCACCAACAAUGGCCACACCGUGACCGUGACCGUUAAAUCUGACCACAUCCCCACGAUCUCAGGUGGGCCGCUCCAUGGGGUCUACCAGUACUCGCAGCUUCACUUCCACUGGGGUGACAAUGAUACUUUCGGAAGUGAAGAUAUGAUCGAUAACCAUAUCUCCCCGAUGGAAUUGCACAUGGUGUUCUUCAAGCAGGAGUACAAAAACGCCAAAACAGCACAAGAACAUCCAGAUGGUCUCACAGUGCUGGCCUUUUUCUAUGAAAUCGCCGGAAGAGAUAAUCCCAACUAUCAGGAAUUCAUCGAGCUGCUAGGAAAAGUGACUGCGUCCCACAAUUCGGCUACUUUCCGGAAUCCGCCAUCGUUGAAACAAUUGAUCACUCACGAUGUGGUUCACUAUUACACCUACAAUGGGUCCCUGACGACGCCUCCUUGCAGUGAAGUCGUAACCUGGAUCGAUUUCAAGGAGCCCAUCAUGCUGUCACACGCUCAGAUCGAGGCGUUCCGUGCGUUGGAGGACGAAGAAGGACAUCCGUUGACGCAUAACUUCCGCUCAAUUCAACCUCUGGGGGAUCGGGUUGUCCUCUUCAACACCGACGAAAUCCUGAAGGUUGACGUUGAUCUGACCAAAUAUUCACCCCCGAAUCCAGCCGGUGGUGGUGAUAGCAACGAGCUGGCCGAAAAGGAAACACAUGAGACGUUUUCCGGACAUCCGUUCGGAUCGAAGCAGGGCAAAAAUGGUGGUAGCAACUGUCUGAUGGGAUCAAGUUCGACUGUGAUACUACCAACACUGCUCGCAAGUUGUCUAGCCAACAGCGGGAUUUGAUUCUAGAUGGGUGCUCUCCUCGUACCGAAAUUGUAGAAAUUUUAAUAAAUAAUUCGAACCAAGUA